CAUUGUUGUGUUCCCAAAUGUACAUCUUCAAAGAGAAAGAAAUCCUAUACAAGUCAAACAUUCCAUCGUUUCCCAAAAGAUCCUGUACUUUGCCGUGAAUGGAUUCAUAAUAUAAGAAGAGAUCCCGGUCGCCAUUUCAAGGCGUCAACAUGUCCAUUGCUAAUGCGGCCGCCCAGGCCAUGCUGUCAGAUGCCCUGCUCCGGGAUGGUCCAGGGGGCAGCCACACCGCUCACCUGGAGCUGGAGCUGCCACUUGACAGGGUCAUCAAGUUUGUGUCCGUGGGGCUGCCUUUGCUGUUAGUGUCCAUGGCCUUCGCUCGUGAAAUCUCUAUUGGCCCACAGAUCAGUUGUUUUCCCCCCAACAACUUCACAGCCAAACAGGCAGCAUAUGUGGACACAUACUGCUGGGACUCCCUGAUGCACCAUGAGUUUGACACUGAUGGAAACUUUGAGGAGCGAUCUCUCUGGGUGCACAAGAUGUUUCCGUACUCUCUGUUGGCCAUGGCCAUGAUGAUGUACCUACCAGCCCUCAUCUGGCGUUUCCUGGUCAUACCGUCGCUUGGCUCCGACCUGCUUUUCAUCAUUGAUGAGAUGGACAAGUCUUAUAAUCGCUCCGUGCGAUUGGCUCAGAGCAUCCUAGACAUGCGUCAGAACACCCAGAACCCCCUUACCUUCCAGGCCGAGCUUGAGAGGGCCAAGCGGAAGCGUUACUUUGAGUACCCCUUACUGGAAAGGUAUAUGCAGAGCAAGCACAACUCCUACUUCCUGGUCAGCAUGCUCUUCCUACGCGGCUUCCUCCUGCUCACCUUCAUGUCCACUGCCUGCCUCUACCUCAUCUACUUUCACCUGUCCGCCUUUCUCCAGGAUGAGUUCAGUUGCUUUGUCCGCACCGGACUGCUGCGUGAUCAAAACUGGGUGCCUGAGCUUGUCCAGUGCAAGAUGACAGGCCAACUGGUCUUUCAGGUGAUUAGCGUGGCUAAUGGCGCUAUAUACAUCCUGCUGGUGCCUAUUGUGCUGUUCAGCUUGGUCCGUCUCUUCUGCUGGGAUACAACUUUAUUGUCAGUCUACGAGGUUCUCCCUGCACUAAGCCUUAACAGUGGUCGCAAGCUGGGAUGCCCACUAAAUGACCUCAACGUUCUGCUGCUGUUUCUGCGUGCUAACGUGGUGCAUCUGCAGUCUUACGGCCGGCUCAGGGCUGUGUGCUCGCUGGCGCCUCCACAGAUUGGGAAGGGGAAUGGCGUGAAGGGAGCAGGCAUGCUGACCGCCGAGGAGAUCGAGGAGAUGGCAGAGGCAGCGCAAGAGAUGCAGGAGGAGGCGGAGGAGUUACAGGAAGAUGGGAAGCUUAACUUGGUGGAUAUCAUGACUAUCUUGGGAGCAGCUCGAGGAAAUGUGGUCAACUGCACCGAGUCCAGGCCUCUUGUGGAGGAGAAUAUGAGUCUGGAGCCAAACCACCAGGGGUACCAUGAGUUGAAGGAGACUGCAUCAUGUAAUCAUUACUAAACCACCAAUGGACUGAACCAUCAAUGUGAUACCAAUCUGGGGAUAGAGGGGAACCAAACCUGCACCUUUGUUCACAAAAAUAUAUUUUGUCCAAUCACUUCGGUAAAAGCUGUUAUGUUACUGGUCCAAUUACAAAUUAUUUGGCUCCUUAUGUAAACAGAACCUAACCAGGUUUGGAAGAGUUGUAGGUUUGGAAGACUUUUAACCCAGAAGAGAAAUGAAGGAAAGGGUUUUGAUCCAAUUGUUCCACAAAGCCUCUAUUAGAAAUAAAAGCUUGGUUAUUCAAGGCGUUGCUCAUUGUGUGACUGCGAUUUUGUGUUGUUAAGACUCAACCUCUCACAUCCUGUUUUCCUUUAUGGUAAUGCUAUUUACUGUAAUUUGUGAUUUGUCAGCAGGUAAAGUGUGUUAAACAUAAAUGUGUUUUUGUUGUAUGUAAAUUAAUAAAACUGUAAUA